AUGGAUCUGUUCCGAUCAGAGCCAAUGCAGUUAACCCGGGUCAUCAUUCCUGUAGAAUCUGCUCAUCGAGUUAUUUCGUAUCUCGGUGAACUCGGCCUUUUUCAGUUUAAAGAUCUCAACAUGGAAAAGAGCCCAUUCCAGAGAACAUAUGCUACUCAGAUUAAAAGGUGUGAGGAGAUGGCACGCAAGCUACGCUUUUUCAAGGAUCAAAUGUGUAAAGCCGGUUUUAUCCCCUCAACAAAGUCAACACACGUCUCAGAAAUCAGUCUAGAUGAGCUCGAAGUCAAACUUGGAGAACAAGAACUCGAGCUCAUAGAAAUGAAUGCAAACUCUGAAAAGCUACAACGUGCUCAUAACGAACUUCUAGAAUAUAAACUUGUCUUGAAGAAGGCUGGUGAGGUUUUUAAUUCUGCUCAAAGGAGUGCUACAGCUCAGCAGAGAGAACAUGAACAUAGACGUGUAGAAAGAUCACUCGAUAGCCCUCUGUUAUUAGAACAAGAAAUAACAGAUCUUUCAAAGCAAGUGAAGCUGGGGUAUGUGAGUGGUCUUAUCCAAAGAGAUAAAUCAAUGGCUUUUGAAAGGAUCUUGUUUCGUGCAACAAGAGGCAAUGUCUUCUUAAAGCAAUAUUCCAUUGAACAGCCUGUUAUUGAUCCUGUUUCUGAACAAAAGGUGGAGAAAAAUGUGUUCAUUGUAUUCCAUUCUGGAGAAAGGGCUAAGAACAAGGUGUUGAAAAUAUGUGAUGCAUUUGGUGCAAAUCGUUAUCCGUUUACUGAUGACAUAGGAAAACAACAGCAGAUGGUUACAGAGGUAACUGGGAAACUUUCGGAGCUAAAAACCACUAUUGAUGUUGGAAAACAUCACUGGAGACACGUGGUACAUGCUAUUAGUCAUCAAUAUGAACAGUGGAACAAUCUGGUCAAGAAAGAGAAAUCAAUUUACUACACUUUGAAUAUGCUUUGUUUUGAUGUGACCAAAAAGUGUCUUGUGGCUGAAGGGUGGUGUCCUGUUUUUGCUACAAGUCAGAUCCAGAAGGCAUUGAUGAAAGCAACUGUGGAUAGUAACUCACAAAUAGGCGCCAUAUUUGAGAUUCUGACUUCUAAGGAAUCACCCCCAACGUAUUUGCGCACAAAUAAAUUUACUAAUUCAUUUCAAGAGAUCGUAAAUGCUUAUGGGGUGGCAAAGUACCAAGAAGCAAAUCCUGGUGUAUACACAGUUGUUACUUUUCCAUUCCUGUUUGCUGUCAUGUUUGGAGAUUGGGGCCAUGGUAUAUGCUUAUUUCUUGCAACAAUGUAUCUUAUUCUAAGAGAAAAAACAUACUCCAGUCAGAAACUAGGAGAUAUCAUGGAAAUGGCAUUUGGUGGUCGUUAUGUUAUUAUAAUGAUGUCAAUUUUCUCGAUUUACACGGGAUUUAUAUAUAACGAGUUCUUUUCUGUCCCGUAUGAGUUAUUUGGGCAAUCCGCGUAUGCCUGCCGUGAUCCUUCCUGCAGAGAUGCGACUACUAUAGGAUUGAUCAAGGUACGAGAUACUUACCCAUUUGGUGUGGAUCCUGUUUGGCAUGGAACCCGAAGUGAAUUACCAUUUCUCAACUCCCUCAAAAUGAAAAUGUCAAUCUUACUCGGAGUCGCUCAAAUGAACCUUGGAAUCAUUUUAAGUUAUUUUAACGCAAAGUUUUUUCGAAACGAUAUCGACACCUGGUACCAGUUUGUCCCCCAAAUGAUAUUUCUCAACAGUUUAUUUGGCUACCUUUCUCUAUUAAUUAUUUUGAAAUGGUGCACGGGUUCACAAGCUGAUUUAUACCAUGUAAUGAUAUACAUGUUCCUCAGUCCCAUGGACGAUUUAGAAGAUAAUGAGCUUUUUUUCGGCCAGAAAUAUUUCCAGUUACUGCUGCUAUUUAUGGCACUUGUUGCUGUACCAUGGAUGCUGAUUCCAAAGCCAUUUCUUUUGAAGAAACAACAUGAAGAAAGACACCGAGGUGGGGCCUACCAACCACUUCACAGCUAUGAUGAAAAUCUUGAACAAGAGAGGAAUAAUGGGCGACGUGAGGAGUUUGAAUUUAGUGAAAUUUUGGUGCAUCAACUAAUACAUACAAUUGAGUUUGUUCUUGGUUCAGUAUCCAACACUGCUUCCUACCUUCGUCUAUGGGCUCUAAGUCUAGCACAUUCGGAGCUUUCGAGUGUAUUUUAUGAGAAGGUUCUAGUUCUUUCCUGGGGAUACAACAGUGUGACGAUAUUUAUAAUUGGUAUUAUCGUAUUUAUUUUUGCAACUGUGGGUGUGUUGCUAGUAAUGGAAACCCUCAGUGCUUUCCUGCAUGCCUUGAGACUUCAUUGGGUUGAAUUCCAAAACAAAUUCUACCAAGGAGAUGGCUACAAAUUCUACCCCUUUUCAUUUGCUUUAAUUAGUGAUAACGAAGAAUAAUGGCAUACAUGCAAACAACCUAUUAUGAAGAUGUUGUUGCUACUAUAAGUGACAGAAGGUUGAUUUUCCCUCUGAUGACUCUAUUACCUUUUCUUUUUUAUUUCUAGGACUUGAUGCAAAAAAUAGCAAGGUA